UGUGGGAAGCCGGGUUUGGAGCCUUUUUAUGCCGGCGUGUCGUGGGAUUCGAACCCCGUUUGAACCCCCCCCUCCUCCUCCUGUCGCGAUAUAGAGGGCACGAUGGCCGCGGCGCUGCUCGGGGGGCGCGGGUGGGCGCGGGUACGCGCGGCGCGCCCGCGGCGCGUCGGGGAGAGGAGCUACGCCGCGACAGGCGGCGCUCUGGAGCGGGCGGUGUCGGCGUUCCGGGCGGUAACCGGAGAGGAGGGCGUGUCCCUGGGGGUCGCGAUCCGAGAGCAGCACGGCCGGGACGAGUCGGUGCACCGCUGCCGCCCCCCGGACGUGGUGGUCUUCCCCCGCUCGGCCGAGGAGGUUAGCGCCCUCGCUAAGAUCUGCCACCACCACCGCCUUCCCAUCAUCCCCUUCGGCACCGGCACAGGCCUGGAGGGCGGGGUCGGGGCCGUGAAGGGGGGUGUGUGUUUUAGUCUCAGGAACAUGGACCGGAUUCUCGACCUCCACCCCGAGGAUUUCGACGUCACCGUGGAGCCCGGGGUGACCCGCAAGGCGCUAAACUCGUACCUUCGUGACACGGGGCUUUGGUUCCCUGUGGACCCGGGCGCCGACGCCUCCCUCUGCGGAAUGGCCGCCACUAGCGCGUCGGGAACCAACGCCGUCCGCUACGGCACCAUGCGCGAGAACGUGCUCAACCUGGAGGUGGUCCUGGCGGACGGGACGGUCAUCCACACCGCCGGGGAGGGGCGGCGCCCCAGGAAGACCUCGGCGGGCUACAACCUCACCAACCUCUUCGUGGGCUCGGAGGGCACCCUCGGGGUCCUGACCAAAGCCACCCUCCGGUUGUACGGCGUCCCCGAGGCCGUGGUUUCGGCCGUUUGCGCCUUCCCCACCGUCCAGGCGGCCGUGGACAGUACGGUGGAGGUUCUACAAGCCGGGAUACCCGUGGCGAGAAUCGAGUUCCUCGACGACGUGAUGAUUGACGCCUGUAACCGGUUUAGCGGGCUGUCCUACUCUGUGGCCCCGACGCUCUUUCUCGAGUUUCACGGGAGCGAAAGGAGUCUGGAGGAGCAGGUGGCGGUUACAGAGGACGUCACCCGGGGCAACGGCGGCGCCGACUUCGCCUGGGCGCGGGACGCCGGGUCGCGAGCCCGCCUCUGGCAGGCCCGCCACGACGCCUGGUACGCCGCCCUCGCCCUCCGGCCCGGCUGCAAGGCGUACGCCACCGACGUCUGCGUCCCCCUCUCCCGCCUCCCGCAGAUCGUCGUGGAAACGAAGGAGGACCUCGCCCGGAACGGCUUAACAGGCCCGAUCGCGGGGCACGUCGGCGACGGGAACUUCCACUGCCUGAUGGUUCUCGACCCGAGCGACCCGGACGAGGUGAAGAGGGUGCACGAGUUCACCGAGAGGCUGGCCAGGCGGGCCCUCUCCCUGGGCGGGACCUGCACGGGCGAGCACGGCGUCGGCCUGGGCAAACGGGCCCUCCUCCGCGAGGAGGUCGGGCCCCUGGCCAUCGAGGUCAUGCAGGGCCUCAAGGCCACGCUGGACCCCAAAAACCUCAUGAACCCCGGGAAGGUGCUAUAAACCCCUCCCCCAGCAGUACCUCCUCCAGGCCACCGGGGGCGGCGUCUCGCACUCGUUUAUUAUCUCAAUUAAAAAUCGCUCAUAAAUUAUCGCUCAUAAUUAUACUCGUUAUGUUUUUGUGAGAAUAGACGUAUUUAGGAUUUAAUUUAUAUGUCUUUACCAUUCAUUUAAGCUGCAGUACCUCCUCCAGGCCACCGGGGGUGGUGUCUCGCACUCGUUUAUGAUCUCAAUUAAAAAUCGCUCAUAAAUUAUGACUCUCAUAAUUAUACCGCUUAUGUUUUUGUGAGAAUAGACGUAUUUAGGAUUUAAUUUAUGUGUCUUCAGCAUUCAUUUAAGCUGCAAUACCUCCUCCAGGCCACCGGGGGCGGCGUCGCACACUCGUUU